UGCAAAUACAAGCUAAAAAUUCUUCUGCGGUCAAUACUUAAGCCUUUUUGCAGUUCCAAUCAACCAAAUUCUUUUGCAUUUUUUUAUUUUUUUUUUUCCGUUCAGACCAAUGGAAAUUUAGUUCCAUACUUCAUAGAAAGAAUCUAUCAAGAAAUCUGUUCACUAUCUCUAUUUCCUUCACUUUUCUACAUUUUAAGCUCAUAUUCAUAUGCCAAGGCCAUUUCCAGAUCAUGGGCCCUACUUAUUUUGAAGAAAACCUUGUAAAGAUUUAAUCUUUUUCCUCACUGAGUCCAAAAAACAAUAAAGAAAAAAAACCAAUGAGGCACAAAAAUCAUAAGCUCGUAUUAGUCGUAGGACUGUCAUCACUAUCAUUCUUAUCAAUUCUUUUAUUCAUAAUCUUUUGUUGUGGGAAGAGAAAAAAAUCUGGAAACAGUUCCAGAGAUUUAGAAUUGAACACAGAAAGAGAUACUUUUGCAAAUUCCAAAGAUUUUACAAAAUUUGAAGGCUGUGCUGGCUUGAGUUUGCAUGAGAUUCUUGAUGCCCCUGGUGAAGUUAUAGGAAAAUCCAGCUAUGGGACUCUGUACAGGGCUAGUUUAGUCAAUUUGGAUUCACUUGCUCUGUUGAGAUUCUUGAGGCCAAGCUGUACAUUGGGCACAAAAGGGGUUUUGCCAAUUGUGAAAAUGUUUGGCUGCAUAAAGCAUCCAAAUUUGGUGCCUCUGAAUGCGUUUUAUGCAGGGCCAAGAGGGGAGAAGCUUAUGGUUCAUCCCUUUUAUGAAUCUGGAAAUUUGUCUCAGUUUAUCAAAGUUGGCAAUGGCAAGGCCUGCAAAUGGCCCGUCAUACACAAGAUCUCCAUCGGCAUCACUUUAGGUAUCCAACGCCUCCACUCAUCCUUAGGCAAGCCCCUGGCCCACGGCAACCUCAAGUCCAACAAUGUGCUUCUCGACCGUCACUACAGCCCAUAUGUCUCAGACUUUGGGCUGCAUCUCCUCCUGAGCCCAAUAGCGGCCCAACAGAUGCUUGAAGCAUCUGCCUCUCAAGGUUACGCAGCCCCUGAGCUGCUCAAAAUGAGGGAUGUCUGCAUGGAGACCGACAUAUAUGCCCUUGGCAUAAUAUUUCUCGAGCUCCUAACAGGAAAAUUGGCUGCCGAUGAGAAUUCGGGCCGGGCUCGGGAUUUUGAGUUGAGAAGCGUGAUUCUCAAGCGUCGGAUUACGGACUUAUACAGUUGGGACAUGCUUGUUGGGUUGAGUGGGGAUGAGAGAGCUGUUGUUGAGGACAAGAUUUUGAAGUACUUUCAGCUAGCGAUUGCGUGUUGUUCGCCCUCACGUAUUGUUCGGCCGGAUAUUGGUCGAGUUCUUGAGAAGCUUCAAGAGCUUGGGAGUUGAUGGGCAUGGUGGUUGUGAUUUGUUGUUGGCUUAAUUAUUAUAUAUGUGCUUGACUUUUUGGUGGUGAUUAUGAUUCAAUGUAGCAUAUGCAAAGGGAAAAAAAAAAAAUUAAUUGAGAUUGGGUGGUUUGGUUAUGGUUGACUAUAUAUUGGUAGUGGUUAUGACAUGAUGUAGCAUGUGUUGUUGGGCAAAGUGAAAGGAAAAAUAGGUACUUCCUCCGAUUCUUUUUAAAUGCCGUUUUGUGUUUUAG